UGUCGUGGUAGUGGUGGUGGUGGUGGUGGCAGUGGUGGUGAUAGGCGGAAAGCGCCGCCGGAUGAAUAUGGGUUUCUCUCAAAUUGUUUCAUAUUUUCUGUUAGUUUUAUUACUAUACAGUUGCAAUGGGGAAAGCCAACGUCUUAGGUAUCAAAUGUACGAGGACAUAGAGGGGGCGUAUGCUUGCUUCAGACGACUCAAUGGAACCCAUCAGUUCGGUUGUUCAUCCUCUAGAUCGGGUAACGUAGGUGUUGUCCAUAUUAUUGAAAAUCAAGCUGAUUCGGAUUGGUUAGUGAGUAAUGGCUUGGCAGGUCCCUAUGUUGCUGUUGUGCACCCUUCAAUGUUUACCAGGUCUUUGCUGUUGACCCUGCAGUCCUCUGGUAAAGUCAAUGGUGUUGUAAUGAUCAACAAUAGCUCAGCUGAAAAGCCACUUCAUUUUUCGCAUGAAGACACAUGUCCUAAUAGAUAUUCAGGCCUGUCCCAACUUUAUGGUCAAACAUGUAGUGUUGGUGAGAAAAGUGGAUGGAACCCUCAUGGAACAUCUGUGCUCCUUAUGGAUUGGAAAUUUCCCAUUUUCUAUGUCACUGAUAAGUCCCACAUUGAUCAUUUGUACAAAUGUUAUCAGAAACAUAAUGCAGUUGCACACCCUGGCGAACAGCUUGAAAGGGCUUUGUGUGCUCUCGAACUUAAGUCUCAUAUGUAUGCUGCUGUAAAUUCAAAGAAAUGCAUGAAAAGGAACAACUACCAAACCCUCUUUUCUCAAGUCAAUUCAUGUGAUCCUUUGGGUGGCCGCAAUGUUUGGCAAACAUUAUUUCCCCGCUCAACCCACCAACUAGGCAAUGGCUUGGAUCAAAGAAGUUCAAAGCAAACAGAAGCAAAUGGUUCCAUCGCAGUUUUAGCUGCUCGCAUGGAUUCAACUUCUAUGUUUGAUGGGUUGGUUCCAGCAUCUAUUGGAGCUGUUUCUGGUAUUGUGACCCUAAUUUCUACGGCUCAACUUCUAUUCCGAAUGAUUCCUCAACAAGAAAACUAUGACAAAAAUGUUCUAUUUCUGCUCCUUGCUGGAGAAUCCUAUGACUAUAUUGGAUCCAGCCGUAUCGUUUUUGAUAUGAAACAAGGGACAUUCCCAGUGAAGCCAGAUCCAUCUGUCGCUCAGCCACCACCAAUUGGACUACAACACAUUGGACCAUUCAUUGAAUUAAGCCAACUUAAAAAACCAGCUGAUGGACAGCCUCUCUAUGUUCACCGCUUAGAGGAUUCUUCAGAGGUCAAAAACUUUAUUAAAAUCUUGCAGAGGAAUGGGAAUGGUUUAGGUGUUCCUAUAAGUGACAAAUUGCCAGCUUCAAGAAAUUUGCCCCCUGCUUCAUUACAAACCUUCCUUGCUGAGCGGCCUGACAUUCCAGGUUUAGUCCUUACAGAACAUGCAGCACAGUACAGUAACAACUACUACCAUAGUGUUUUUGACGACACUGCUUCGCUGAACUACAUAUAUGCCAAUAAAUCAGAAGUACCAAAUGAUAGCAUUCAAGCAUAUUUGGCAAAUGUUUCAACAACUAUAGCCCAUUCAUUGUAUGAACAUGUUACAAACAAGGAGUAUCUGGGCUCUCUUACUGCAGACAAAAACCUGAUGGAUGAACUGCUGCACUGCUACUUGGAGCAAAACAACUGCUCUCUCUUCCAAUCUGCUGUUGCUGGAAGUUCUGAAGGGGAAGAGAAGCCUUUGUCCUACUAUGUAGGAGUUUCUCAUGUUUACUCAUUGGUGUCUAUUCUCACUGGAGCUGCAAUGGCUCUUCUGACAGGCAGUCCAACUAAGUUCAAUGAAACUGACUGUCAUAAUAAUGCUUCAACCGAUCAGGUGUACCAAUAUAUUUGGGUGAGCUCCCAGUGGAAUAAUUCCUCAAGCCCUAAAGUUUGUCUGCAAACAACAAUGAACUUUUCUUCGGCUGUUAGCCCUGCUUUUAUUAUAGAUGGCUAUGACAUGGCUUCUGGAAAAUACAGCACUUGGACUGAAUCCGUGUGGCCGGAAUUGACUGCCAGAAUGUUCCUAAAGCCUCCAUUUUAUCAAGAAGUGAUAACAUUGGUUCUUGGAAUUGUUGUUUUGGGUUUAUCCUUUGCUGGUGUAUUUUACAUCAAUGGACGCAAAGAAAUUUUGUUUAGCCCAGGAGCGAGCACUGAGGACGAACGAGCACCUCUUAUCCGCACCAAUGACCAGGUGUUUUGCUGAGAUCUUAACUUGUGUACAGGGAAGACUACCCAGCACAUAGGAAUACGCCGCAAACCAAAUAUCAAUGGUCACAUUCCACCGUGACAACUCGAAUGUGGCUCAGCUGUGAGGGCUUCAUUGUCGCGUUGUGAUGUAGUAUAUGUAGGAUGUGACAAUGUUUGGUUUGCACCUCGGAAGAUGAAGUUAUGUUCUCAAGUGAAUGCUAGUAGGAGUUGAGCCAAGUGGCUGGUACAGCUACUGUCAUUUCUGUGAUGGCAAUUUUUAGAAGUUGUGUUUCUUUGUAUAGUUAUUUUUUGUUUGUCUCUUGGUGUUUAAGUACAGCUUCAAUUUACAUUGAGUUCAUAAUUUGUAACAAUUUUAACCCUUAAAAAAAAACUUAUUUUUUCAAAAGCAUUUUGCUAGUAAUUGGACACAUUCCUGAUUUUUGCUUGGCAAUGUCCUCUUGUAAUGGAACUAUUGGACCAUUUUGGCAGAAUAAAGACUAAAGCAGCAGGUGCGCAUCCUCCUAAAAUGCCAUCAGGUCUUGAGGCAUUCCAAGUGGUCCUUGAGAAAAUUAUAGGAAGGAAUAUUGGCUGGAGCAGAAGCAGAAAAGAUGUAGAGGAGCAGAAGUGACCAGCUGCUAACAUCCCUAAAUAAAUGAUUGGAAGGAAUGGACAACUUUCAUAAAGACCGUUAACACAGUUGAGUUAUGAGCUAAAGCUUUGUGGUCUGACUGUUCGUAGUGGAGAGGGAAGAGCACUUCUUAAUGUAAUAAUAGGAAUUUUAUCUGGCUUUUCUGCUAUCUUGACAGUAACUAGCAUUGUUAUUGUAUUUGUCUUAUUUAUUUAUAAACUCACUGACAAGACUGGUAACAUUCUAGAUGUACUCCUUGUAUGUUUUUUUUUAAAUUAUUAUUUGGAAUCUAGAUGAUUUGAGUAUAUCAUCAACUCAUUUUAUGAGCUAAUUUCUAACUCUUGAUGAAAAAAGGGGGGCAAAUGUUGUUACUUAAGAGUAUUAGAAAGUCAAUAUUGUAUUGUGUAUAUAUGUAAGUAGAGUAUGCAGUUUUAAAGAGAGGGGUUGCGUGAUUGAUUGAUUGAACUGCACAUCAUGGGGCAUUAUUAUUAUUAUAAAAUUGUUCAUUGGAAAAAAUUGUUUGUGAACAAUAAUUUAAUUGUGAUAAAUAUAAACUUAGAAACCGUUUAACAGAUAAGCUGUUUCAAGUAAGAUUCGGCUGUCUCAUGCUUAGAUUUUAGUUCUAAUCUUCCAAUGUGUGUCUCUUUAUUGAAUGUGGAGUAACCUGUUUGAUUAAAGUGGAUUAUUCUUAUUAAUGA